CCAGGGGCCAUUUCAGAAGUAAGGAGAGUAUCAUCGAGCUUGAGAUUUCUGAUCAUGGAGAGUGCAAAGAACAAGGAGUGCAACUCCACAAAGAAGACAGAGGAAGAAUAUAUGAGCUGCAAAUUCAAACGUACAUCAGUAGAUGCCGAAGAGGGACAGGGGGCUUCUGGUAAACCAGAUAUACUAGAAAACUCGGCAAAGAGGACCAAAAGAAAAAGAUCUAUAAAAGAUAACAGAGCUUGUUGUCCACGAAAAAUGCCACAAUGUUGUGACAGUGUGAAACCUCAGAAGAAGACGAUGCCAAUUCCUCCUUUACCUUCUAUACUGCCGCCUGUCAAUCUGAUUCACAGGGAUGUUGUGCGCGCUUGGUGCCAGCAGUUAAAACUAAGCACCAAAGGCCCGAAACUAGACGGAUAUAAACGACUCUGUGAACAUGCCUACCCUCAUCAAAAAAACAUUCCUGCCACAGCCGAGGAGGCCAGGAUCCUAUCACUAGCAAGAAGAAAAUCAAAGAUGGACGAGGGGGAACUACCUCUGGAAUGUUCUGAUGAAAAGAUGUCUUCUGAAGUGGCUGCUCCUCCUGAGGAGGGAGUACCUGCCCUUGAAGGAGCUCCUGCCCUUGAAGGAGAUCCUACUCUUCAGGAAGUUGUAUCGACUUCUGCCUCUGACCCAGGAACUGUGUUUGCCUCUUGGAGCAGAAUGACAGCCAGGGCCAUGAAGAUGGAGUCGGUGCAAUCGCAAGAGACCUGUGGGGUCUGGUGGUGUGUGGUUCACGGGAGAGGUCUCCCUGCUAACACAGAGGGCUGGGUUCAUUUACAAUUUCAUGCCGGACAGGCUUGGGUGCCUGAAAAACGAAGGAGGGUGUCUGCGCUCUUCUUGCCUCCUGCGGGCAAUCUUCCUCCCCCACACCUGGAGGACAACAUGCUGUGCCCUGAGUGUGUGCACAGGAAUAAAGUAUUAAUGAAAAGCCUGCAGUGAGAUCACAAUACCAGUAAAAAGGGUACAGCUAUGAUUAUAAUUAAUGAUAGAGAAGUGACUACAAAUCAACUCCACGG